CUGCAGCUGUGCAUCUCCACCAGUUCCUGGUCGGACGGUUUCUCCCUGGACACAGUGGGAAGUUACGGCUGCGUCCGCUGUCCUGCCACCAACAUGGACUUCCUGGUAGGCGUUAGCAUCCAGAUGAGUAGCUUUAACCUGACCAGGAUCGUCACUUUAAGUCCUUUCUACACCCUGGUGAACAAGUCCUCGUAUGAACUGGAGGUGGGGGAGUUGAUUAGCCAGACGUCCAUCAGGUGGCACUACAUCCCUUCCUCUGAAUACAUCCCUCUGUGGCCGGAGAACUCCUCCAAGAAGCUGUGCGUCCGUGUGGUUGGAUCGUCAUCCAAUUCCAAGUUCUUCUUCUUCAGUCAGCAGGACAACGGCACCCUGCUGAGCAUGGACAUGUGUGGAGGGAUCAUCGUGGACAUCAACGUCUCCAACCACUCCACCAUCAUCAGCUUUAGUGAUUAUUAUGACGGAGCAGCCCCCGCACUGUUGAUUAACCACACACCCUGGGCCACCAUCAGCUACAGACAGAGGUCAGAGAACACA